GAGAGAGAGAGAGAGAUAGAGAGAGAGAAACCAUGAUGGAGGUGCCCAGGCACUGACAACACUAUGACACCCAGCAUCAAGCACUCGGAUUGUUUUACACCAAUGUUGUGCCACUGUAAAGUAGCAUGCACCAACAGCACCAUCUCGCUUAUGUUCGGAUGCAAGAAGUACAGGAUUCAGGAUGAAGAUGCAACCCCCCAGCAGGACCAAGGUCAGUCCCAGGCCUGUCCUCAGCACCCCUACCCUGGCUUGGAGGGCAGUGAGAGGGAGCUGCCGGGUAGCCACCACGGGACCCUCCGCAGCCACCAUGGAACCCUGGACAGGCACCACCACAACAGGGGAGAGAGAGAGGGCACGGAGGGCAGGGGAGAGGGACUGCCAGAGCUGGCCCAGGUAGCAGAGAAGAAACUGUCCCGAAUAGAGAACGUUCACGGAUACGUCUCCCAUGCACACAUCUCCCCUACGAAGGCAAACCCACCUCCAGUGAUGGUCAACACAGACAGUUUGGACACCCUCGCAUACGUGAAUGGAGCAGAAGCAGAUUAUGAGUAUGAGGAGAUCACCCUGGAACGGGGUAACUCGGGGUUGGGCUUCAGUAUUGCGGGGGGGACAGAUAACCCCCACAUUGGAGAAGACCCCAGUAUCUUCAUCACCAAGAUCAUCCCUGGAGGAGCUGCAGCUCAGGACGGAUGCCUCAGAGUGAAUGACUGCAUCUUGAGAGUAAACGAGGCAGACGUGAGGGAUGUGACCCACAGUAAGGCCGUGGAGGCCCUAAAAGUGGCCGGCUGCAUCGUCAGGCUCUACGUCCGCAGGAGAAAAGUCCUCUCAGAGAAGAUCAUGGAGCUCAAACUAGUCAAAGGUCCUAAAGGGCUAGGGUUCAGUAUUGCGGGGGGAGUAUGGAACCAGCACAUUCCAGGCGACAACAGCAUCUAUGUCACCAAGAUCAUUGAGGGAGGGGCUGCACACAAAGACGGGAGGUUGCAAAUAGGAGACAAACUAUUGGCUGUAAACAGCGCUUGUCUUGAGGAGGUGAGUCACGAGGAUGCCGUGGAGGCCUUGAAAAACACCCCCGAUGUGGUUUACUUGAACGUGGCGAAACCCACCAGUGUCUUCAUGAACGACAGCUUCGCUCCGCCCGACAUCACCAACUCAUAUUCCCCUCACAAGGACAACCAUAUCACCCCAUCCAACUACCAUAGCCAGCCCCAUACCCCCGACACACCCGGGCGCUACUCACCCAUCCCCAAGAGCAUAUUGGGAGACGACGAGAUCACAAGGGAGCGCAGGAAGGUGGUGUUACACCGUGGCUCCACAGGCCUGGGUUUUAACAUAGUAGGAGGAGAGGAUGGAGAGGGAAUCUUUAUUUCCUUUAUUCUGGCUGGUGGACCUGCUGACCUCUGUGGAGAGCUCCGGAAAGGAGACCGCAUCAUCUCAGUAAACGGGGUUGAGCUCCACAGUGCAACCCAUGAGCAGGCAGCUGCUGCUCUGAAGAACGCUGGACAGACGGUCAACAUCGUAGCCCAGUACAGGCCAGAGGAAUACAGUCAGUUUGAAGCCAAAAUCAAUGAUCUUCGGGAGCAGAUGAUGAACAGUAGAAUCAGCUCAGGCUCUGGCUCUCUACGGCCCAGCCAGAAAAGAACGCUCUACGUCAGGGCCCUGUUUGACUAUAAUGGGACAAAGGACUCUGGGCUGCCCAGCCAGGGGCUUAACUUCCACUUUGGAGACAUCCUUCACGUGGUGAACGCCUCCGAUGACGAGUGGUGGCAGGCGAGGCACGUGACCCACGAAGAAGAGGUAGAUGAGGUCGGAGUCAUCCCCAGCAGGAGGAGGGUAGACAGAGCGCGGUUAAAGACUGUCAAAUUCAAUGCCAGGUCUCAAGACAAAGGGGUCCCUGACAACAAAGCACUGAGUGGCCAGGAGGAGUACGUCCUGUCCUACGAGCCGGUCACACAGCAGGAAGUGAACUACACACGACCCGUCAUCAUCCUGGGGCCAAUGAAGGACCGUAUCAACGAUGAUCUCAUCUCAGAGUUCCCUGACAAAUUUGGAUCCUGUGUCCCACACACGACCAGACUAAAACGGGAUUACGAGGUGGAUGCCAGAGACUACCAUUUUGUGGUGUCCAGGGAGCAGAUGGAGAAAGACAUCCAGGAUCACAAGUUCAUCGAGGCGGGCCAGUACAACAACCACCUGUAUGGAACCAGCGUCCAGUCUGUACGGGAGGUCGCUGAGAAGGGGAAGCAUUGCAUCCUGGAUGUUUCGGGCAACGCCAUCAAACGACUACAGUCGACCAUGCUCUACCCCAUCGCUAUUUUCGUCAAGCCCAAGUCUGUGGAGAAUAUCCUGCAAAUAAAUAAGAGGCUAACAGAGGACCAGGGGAGGAAGACGUUUGACAGAGCCAUCAAACUGGAGCAGGAGUUCACUGAGCACUUCACUGCUAUAGUCCAGGGGGACUCUCUGGAGGAGAUCUACAACACGGUGAAAAUCAUCAUCGAGGAGCAGUCAGGACCCUUCAUCUGGGUGCCUGCCAAGGAGAAGUUGUGAAAGGAGGACAGAAGAGAGUACCCUUAUUUCCUUUAAGUGGUCUUCAUGUCUUCUCUGAUUCUACGUCUUUAUUUUUACCAACCUGGCCUGCUGUGAUCGCUGGCCCUCUUAGCACCCCCCCCACACCUACGCAUACAUAUAUACACACACGUCUUCAUCUUUCUCUCGCGCACAAACACCCCCCUGCUCCCCUCUGUCACACUGGAUAGAGAGCUGAUCACGCGUUGGAGUUGAUGAUCUAUCUUUCUCUCUCUCACACACACACACACGCACAAAAUUAUUUAAUGCUGUCUCUAUCUCUCACACACAAACAUUCACUCUCUGGGGUUUUCUUGGGCUGUCUCUGACUGGUGUCUGGACCUUGUCUCUGGAUGUUUUUCAUGCUUAUGGGGGAAUGUUUAAGCAACAUGAUUUUAGAUGCAUUAUUAAUUAUAUAUUUUUCCCUUUUUUUCAUGUAUAGGUUCGUCAAAGGAAAUGACAUGAGGCAAAACUUAGCACGUUAUAGCUUUAAAGAGCAUGUUUCGGACAUGUUUUCUUGUCACGUUUUUGUUCUUUAUUUCUCAUUUGGACUUGUAUCUGAACUGCAUUACUCAUCGCCAUUAUUUUUCACAUGUUGUAUAUCCAUGCACACCAACGUACGUCUCUGCUCAUCUGAAGCAGCCAUGCAUACCUGUUUUAGUCUUUUCGAACUGCGCAGAGGUAACUAGGUGAGUAGUUUUCUAUCAUUAGCCGCCUUCGUUCACUACAAUCCAUGAUGGUUUUAAUCUAUUCAUGUCACUAUAAGCUUUUGGGGGGGGUUCUACUUCCCGACCAGAAAUAGAGUGAAUGAAUGAAUGGCUGUUUUUGAACUGACUCCAGGUGUCCAUGUAUUAAUAUUAGGAGCAAAACACUGAUGCAAAAUAAUGAAUUGUACACUGAGAUUUUAACUGAUAUUUAACCUUCAGUCUACUGCCUAUUUUGUUAUAAUAAAAUGUCUAUAUUGAGCUUUA